AUGGGACGGCCGAUGAUAUCGCAGAGAAGCUUCGAUGUGGAGUCCAAAACAACGCUCGAUCGCUUUUCGAGCGCUGAAAAUUCGUACAACCCGGCGCAAGAGAGCACGCUUCAGCUGUUUGAGUCUGACUCUCUUUCUGAGGAACAACAAUGGCGAUUUGGGGUCCGGGAUUGGUUGGUCUUUAUUUGCAUUGUCAUUUUGGCUAUGAUGGAUGCUUUUGAUUCCACAGUUAUGAUCACUGUGUUGCCAGAUCUAGCGAAUGUGUUCAAUACACCACUUAUCAGCACGCUUUGGGUUAACACAAUCUACCUGGUCGCGAGCGCAACUAGUCAACUAUUCUUCACGAUGAUGUGCGAUGUAUUCAGUCUCGGACCCGUGUGGAUCGUUGCGGUCGUAUGCACCACAAUCGGAACCGGGAUAUGCAGUGGCUCGAUGUGUCUGAUUGAGAUUGUGGUCGGUCGGUUACUACAAGGUAUAGGCGGAGGCGGCGCCCUGGGCCUAUGCUUCGUUAUCAUGGAGGAAUCGGCGCCGAAAUCGAUUCAUUCACGAUACUCAUGUUACAUCCUCCUCACUCGUCUCAUUGGGUUCAUCCUCGGCCCGAUUGUUGGUGGCUUAUUCGUGGAUUAUACGAGUUGGACAUGGGCUUUUUACUUCAACUUCAUAUUUUGUGCGUUGGGUCUUCUUGCGAUUCCGUUUGCUGUGGAUCUGCGCGUAUCCAAGAAUAUCCCGCUGCGGAAAUGGCGUGUUUUGGACUGGACUGGCGGUGCGAUGGCUUCGUUUGGCUUGGCUGCUAUCCUUGUUGGUAUUAGCUGGGGUGGUGUCUCAUAUGGUUGGGACCAGUGGCAGACUUUGGUCCCGGUCGGUCUCGGGAUUUUCGUGAUGCUGAUACUUGCUUUCUACGAGUCGAAGUAUGCAGUACAUCCGCAAUUUGGGAGGCGGGUUUUUCGAGAUUUGCCCACUAUCAUGGCGUAUGUCGGGUGCUUCUGUCAUGGUUUUGUUAUAUUCUGUCAGUUGCAGUUCUUCACGUUUUACUUUCUCUGCACACGAUACUUCUCCGCGACACUCUCCGGUGUCGCGCUCUUCGCCAUCACUGGAUUUGCAGUCACGCCCGCUGCAGUGGUUGGCAUUCUACUCGCGAAUGAGUCAAAGUGUUCCAAAUGGAUUAUUUCCGGAGGAUGGAUCCUGACCACCCUAGCAGCUGGCUGCUCGAUUCUCCUCGAUCGCAUCACACCCACAGUUGGAUGGGUGAUUCUCCUUUUGACAUUUGGACUGGGUCACGGUCUGUUACUUUCCAGUUACAAUAUUCGCGUCCAGAGCAUACCCAAGAAUGAAGAAGCGGCUCUCUCCACCAAACCCAUUACCAUUUCUCUCUUCAUGCGGGCAUGGGGUAUGGCGGUUGCUGUUCCUAUUGGGGGUAUUAUCUUCUUGUCCUGCUUUGGGAAUGAGCUGCAGAGCCUUGGACUGGACUGGGAUGUCAUCAACACAGCAAGAGGGUACAUAGUUCUGAUGGAUCAGACCCAGAUGUCUGAUGGUGAAAGGGAUAUCAUUAAGGAUGCCUCUGCAUCUGCCUUGCAGGUCGUCUGGGAGGUCAUUGCAGGGGUGUCUGCCUUGGGUGGUAUCUCGUCUAUAUUCUUGUGGAAGAGGCAAUAA